GCAUUGACCCUCUGAGCCGCCGUAGCUGUGUCUGAUGACAGAGUUGGUUAGCUGUUAGCUCUGUGGAGUCAAACAUGGCAAGUAAAGGAGGGAAACAGAGUCGUUCGGAUAGAAAAGGUGCCGGUGAGCAGGAGGAAGAGGAGCAGCCGCUUCAGGCUGUUUUAGUCGCUGACAGCUUCAACAGGAGGUUUUUCCCGGUGACCAAAGACCAGCCGCGGGCUUUGCUGCCGCUCGGUAAUGUUUCCAUGAUCGACCACACACUGGAGUUCCUCACAUCCACUGGGGUGCAGGAAACAUUUGUCUUCUGUUGCUGGAUGGCCAGUAAAAUCAAGGAACACUUACUGAACUCAAAGUGGUGUCGUCCCACAUCUCCAAACACAGUCCACAUCAUCACCUCAGAGCUGUACCGCUCACUGGGUGAUGUGCUCAGGGAUGUUGAUGCAAAGUCUCUCGUACGCUCUGACUUCGUGUUGGUCUAUGGAGAUGUGGUGUCAAAUUUUGAUGUCAGUCAGGCGCUGCAAGAACACAGACAUCGUCGGAAGAUGGAGAAAAACAUCUCAGUGAUGACGAUGAUCUUUAAGGAAUCAUCGCCAGGCCACAGAUCUCGCUGUGAGGAAGAUGAUGUUAUUGUUGCUGUGGACAGUAAAAGCCAGCGGGUUUUACAUUAUCAGAAGACGCACGGGCUAAAAAAGCUACAGUUCCCUAUGAACAUUUUCCACAGUGGAAGUGAUGAGUUUGAAAUCAGACAUGACCUGCUGGACUGUCACAUCAGCAUCUGCUCUCCACAGGUUGCUGAACUCUUCACGGACAACUUCGAUUACCAAACUAGGAAUGACUUUGUCAGAGGGAUCCUUGUGAAUGAAGAGAUCCUGGGUAAUCAGAUACACAUGCACGUCACCAAGGACGGUUACGGCGCCCGAGUUUCCAACUUGCUCAUGUAUGACUCGGUGUCUUCGGACUUUGUACGGCGGUGGGUUUACCCACUCACACCAGAGUCCAACUUCGCUGACCAUAAGGGACGGAGCUGCACGUAUUCUCGCCACAACGUGUACCGAGGAUCUGGAGUCAGCCUCGGUCACGGCAGCCAGAUGGAGGAGAACGUCCUGAUCGGCUGUGACACCAGCAUAGGUGCCAACUGUCACAUCUCCAACAGUGUCAUUGGUAACAACUGCACUAUAGGUGACAAUGUAAUUCUGGAUCACGCCUACAUCUGGAAUAAUGUUCACAUUGCCAGUAAUGUGACGAUCAGUCAGUCUGUGGUCUGUGACAAGACUGUCAUCAAAGAGGAUGUAAAACUGAACAAACAAUGUGUCCUGGCAUUUAAUGUGGUUAUUGGACCAAACAUUUCUCUACCUGAAGGCACGGUGGUGUCCAUGCACCAUCCAGAGGAAGAAGAGGAUGAUGACGAUGAGUUCCUCAGUGACGAUGCAGAGGUCGGUCACAGUAAGGACAAAAACAAACAGAAAGUUUUUAACCCAGCUGAAGUUGGACAGGAGGGUAAAGGCUACAUCUGGAAGGCCAGCAGUCUGGACGACACAGAGGAUGAAGAGUUGUCGCAGUGUCUUUGGGGUUUGGUGUUGAAUCCUGAUCCUGAGAGUGAAAGUGAAGCCAGUGAGCCUGAUGGCCCUGAUGAUCCAGUGAUUCCCUCUCCAGAGAUGGAUGAUGUCAAAGUCUUCCAGAUGGAAGUGCUGGGAACUCUGCAGAGGGGUUUGGAGGAGAACAUCGGCUGCGACAAUCUCGUACUCGAAAUCAACUCUCUCAAGUACGCCUACAACAUCACUCUGAAGGAGGUCAUGCAGAUUUUAACCAGAGUGGUGCUGGACUAUCCUUUCCAGCAGCAGGGUUCACAGCUCACCACAUCACAAUAUGUUGCUCUGCUCCUUCCGUUGUUGAAGAAAUGGGCACCUGUGUUUAAGAACUACGUGAAGAGAGCGCAGGACCAUCUGGACUGUCUUUGUGCCUUUGAGGAACACUUCCUGGAACAGGAGAGUCACUGGGCAGCGAUGGUUAAGGUCCUGAUGAACAUGUACCAGCUGGAGAUCCUGGAAGAGGAAAUAAUACUGCGCUGGUUCUCUCAGGGAGCCACGACUGACAAGAGCAGAGCACUGCGCAAGAACCAGGGGCUUCAGAAGUUCAUCCAGUGGCUAGAGGAGGCUGAGGAGUCUUCAGAAGAAGACGGAGAAUGAUGACGAUGAUGACAUUUAGGAGGAGUACUUAAUAAAGGACUAACUGGUGUUUAUGACAGGGUCCAGUUAGUUUUAGCCCGAUGAUCACUAACAACCAUCAGGAUCUGUACAGUUCACAUCCCAUCAAACAGUGCCACGUCAUGUAAGGGCGUGUGGUAUGAAUGUCAAAAUCCAAAUAAAAAAAGAACUCUGACAUGGAAACAUGAAGUCA